GGUCCAGGUGGAUCUGCCGGGACGGGGCAAGAGAGAGAGUCCGAGAGCGACGGGGCAGAACGGGCUCGACCGAGUGGGCAGGGACCCGCUUGCAACCCGGAGCAGAGCGCGGGCGGCGGGAGCCGGGAGCCGGGAGCCGACCGCGGCGGGGCCUCGCCUCCCAGGAGCCUGUGUUAUGAUCCUUCUGUCUCGGCCAUGCAAAGUACUCAGCGGAAAUCUCCGUCUCGGCAGACUGGCCAAAGCCGGCCCAGCUCCCUGGACCUGCCGCCCCUCUCCGUGGACUCGCUGAGUCUGGAGGUGUACGACACGUUGACGCCGGAGUACAGGCGACCCCAGAGGAGAGGAAGCAAGCCGCUGUUGAAAAGUCACAGCCGCAAGGCAGAUCCCAGGGACUCCAAUGGGAAUAACGCGGAGAGGAUCGGGUUCAUCCCACGGUCGGCUGAAGUUGUGGAGGAUACGAGUGUGUGUGAGUCGUGCGGCCUGGGAACUUGUGUCACGUGGCAGGCCUUCAAAGAAGUGCUCUGCUGCGUGGUGACUUGUGGGAUGUGCAGGCCUGACCCGGGGGGGUAUAAUCCAUGUACCAGGGCUGCAGAGUCAUCGACGGAUGUUAAAACUACAGAUACUGACAAUUUGAGAUACGUUUCAAACCCGACACACGGGGUCACUCUGAACCCUGACCCCAACCCCAGUAAAAGGACCAACCUGGCAGGCAACAGUUUCAACUAUUACGAUAUCAAGCUGCGAGGGGAGGAAGUGAUCUGGGACAAGAACAGGCACAGUCUGUCCACGGACUCGUGCCGUAAGGACUCGCAUGUCAGCAACUCUCAGAAGUCGGAGAGCCCCGGCAGCACCUCGCCGAAUUCUCACAAGCGGCUCUCUGAUGAGUUCCACUCCUUCCUGGAGGAGGAUCUGGAGAGCAAUGAACUGAACGGCUCCAUGUCCAGCGCCGAGCUGGACGAGUACAUUAACAAGAAGCUGCUGGAGCUGUUCAGCAUCCACCAGAUCGACAUGCUGGCCCAGUGCACCUCCGACACCACCUUCAUCAGCAAGAGCAGCGAGAUCAGCGAGCUCAUCGACAGCAUCACCAAAGGCUACAAGAUCAACGAGAAGGACGCCGAGUGCCGGAUCGUGACCGGGAUCGUCCGGAUCAGCACCAGGAAGCCCAAGAAGAAGCGUAACCUGCAAGAGCCAAGCGAGGACAGGCAGGUCAGCCUGACCUCCGGUGACACCAAACCUCAGACAGAGACUUUCCUGCCAAGCGAUGACCUCAACCUGGAGAUUUCGGUCGUAGACCCGCUCGAUUUGAAAGCAAGGCAAAUGCAGGGCUUGGCCAGCCCAGAAUUGCGGAAAGACGAUUCCCUUCAGGACACGGAGACUGAUUCUUCAGGAGCUCCGCUGCUCAAAGUCUAUAUCUAGGAUCAGAGGGCAGAUUCAUCAAAGGGCAUGAUGGGUGGAACCAGGAGAGUCGAGUGGAAAGCACGGAGCUGAAUCCCUUCCUCUCUGGGUCUUUUCAAGGUUGUGUUGUUCUCUCCCUCCUGCUGACACCUUCGAGACUUUCUGGGUAGUCUCCAGUUGCUGGAGUCUGCUACGACUGGCCUUUAAUACAACCAUUCUGCUCCUUUGCACCCUACUCCAACCUUCACCAGCCCCCCAACAACCCAUUUUAUCUGUUCAUUCCCGAGGAUGGGGAGAUCUACAGUCAGUGGACUGGAAUGACGAGACAGUGAGUGGGCACAGGAUCUUUCACCAGGGUAAUGGUAAGUUCUUGCUCAGGUGGAAGGGUUAUGCGUGUACAGUUACUUUUGUUUUGCACUGGUACCCUUGCUUAGCAUUCAAAGUAUGUUCCAGGAAUAAGCACUCUGUCAUUAUAGCACUAUAUACAAGAUAAAUUGCCAACAACACGGAUGUCCAGCAGUGAACUUCCCCAAGGCUCGAUGCCGAGAGACAAGCUGGGCAGUUGGGGGAUGUGUGGGACUCAGGACUGCGUCUUGACCGGUAACUGUGAGCAACCAGACCACUGGACUGUGGGGAGAGCUGUGCGGUCAGCGUCCAUGAGGCGGUGGUGAGAGACCGUCAGCGCAUGGGAGCAGGUGCUUCCAGCCUCCAGCAACGGGUCUACCCACUGUGCCAGCCUAGGUGCCCUCCGGAGCCCCACAUCUCAAUGCCACACCAUUCCCACGGCCUGCCCAACACCAACCCUCACAUGCUGAACUUGCAGUGAUUCACUGCUGAGGGCACAGUGGUGGAUGGCAGGGUCUCCCAAGCGGCUGCCCUGUGUAAAGUACAGCACAGUACUUAAACUGUGGACUGAGAGUACCAGAAUCUAUUCUCUCCAUUGAGUGAGAUGCUGGACCGUAGUGGGCAAUAUUGAUGGAUUUUAAUGAGUUGCUUUUUUAUAUUAAAAUGAAAAACUGUA